AUGGCACCGGUGAGACACCCCCCGAACGUCCCCUGCGCCAUCGUCCCCAAAGUCUCCUACACCUUCUACGGCUACCCGGACAACGACCCCCCGGGCGCCGACAUCGCCUACGACUGCGGCCGCGGCUACACGGCCGGCGGCAUCGGCACCUACGCCAACCCCCUGACCUUCGCCACCGCCCCCGGGGAGUUCGCCAUGUGCGAGCUCGUCUACUCGCCCUACCUCCGCAAGUAUCUGUUGCAUGAGGAUUACUGCGAGAGCUGCACCCGCGACUGGGCCGACCGCCACCACCCAGUCUGGCAUGUGGACAUCUGGCUGGGUAGGAACUCGACCACCGAGGCGCACGAGCAGCUGUCGUGCGAGAAUCGGUUGACGCCCGAUGGGCAGAGCCAGGUUGUCAUUCGCAACCCGGAGAGGAACUUGCCCGUCGACGAGAUGACGUUUUACGCUGGCGGCAAGGCGAGUUGUGGGGUUGAGCAUGUGUAUCCGCAGUAUGCGGUGCAGGAGUUUUGUUAA